AUGAGGGUUGCCCAAUUUAAUGGAAGAAUACUUUUCAGAAAUGCACUUGAUUACACAGUUUAUACAGAUAAUAUUGAUAAAUUAGUUAGCUACUUAGAAAAUUUUGUUGAAAAAGCCAAACUUGAAUUAAAUAAACAGGAGAAAAAUAACAAUAUAGAAAAUAUAAUCAUUAAUAAUCCAAUAUGUGCAAAGCACAAAGGAUGUCUGCUUAAAUGUUAUAAAUCAAGAGAAGAAGAUCUACCAAGAAAAAAAGUACGAAAUAUUCGAGAUAUUACCAAUUCAGUCAAUCAAGUUAAUCAAGUUUUAGAUAAAAAUAAGAUAACUCAUAAUCCUGGUAAUGGUAAUUUAAAACAUUUAAG